ACGGAUACCUAGCUAGUGAUAUUGAUGAACCCUGUGGCCUGACCCAGUGCCAGCUCGUUGACAUGAAGGCUUACCGUCCGAUACGAGCACUCCAAGGCGAUCCAACGGCCGCGAUCUGGAGGAACGGUCUCCUAACCUCCGAUAUUUCCUUUCUCCCUUAUCGCCUUCGCCUCCGCGGCUCCGCCUCGCUCUCCAAGGUUCUGCCGAGGUUUCUCGCCUCCCCGCUCCCCCCUCUCCGAGUCUCCGUCCUUGCCACUCCUCUCUCCCCUCUUCCACCUCAAUCCAAUCCGACCCUCACCAUUGUAGCCGGAACUCGCAGCGGGACACUAGGCGCGCAUGCCGCUCCUCCUCUACCCCUUCUCCGCGUGCGUGCCGCCGCCGCGGGCGCUGCUCCGCCGCCUGUCGCCGCCGCCGCCCAUGGCGGUCGUCGCUCCGCUGCCUUCCGCCGUCCGUAUAAUCCCCUCGGUGGGAACGCUCGACCUUCCGGCGCUCCCGCCCCCGCCCACGGACGACUUCCACUGGCUCGACCUAUUCGCGUUCCUCAACUCCCCUGCCGACACCUACCACCAGAUCCCCGCGCAGGGCGAAGAGGAGCUGGAGGCGGGGCUGGAACUGGAACUGGAGCUGGAGCUGGAGAAGCACGCCGAGGUGGAGAGGCAGCGGGGGCGGGCGCGAAGAGCGCAACUCCGGCGGCUGCGGCAGCGGCAGGUCAAGGCGGAGACGGAGGCCUGGGCGCGGGCCGCCGAGGAGUACCGCGAGAUCGAGCGGGAGAUGCUCGACCGCAGGCUCGCGCCCGCGCUGCCCUACGUAAAGGCGCUCUUCGUCGGCUGGUUCGAGCCGCUGCGGGACGCCAUCGCCAGGGACCAGGACGUGCAGCGAAGGAAGCGGGUCAAGCACGUCUACGCUAAGUACCUGCUUCUGCUCCCAGCCGACAAGGUGGCCGUAAUCGUCAUGCACAAGAUGAUGGGCCUGCUCAUGUCCAGCAAGGACGGCACUGGCAGUGUCCGCGUUGUCCAGGCCGCGCACUGCAUUGGUGAGGCUGUUGAGCGCGAGUUCAAAGUCCAGUCAUUCUUUCAGAAAAGUAGGAAGAAGAAAAUCCAAGGUGAAAAUGAUCCAGCAUUGGAGAAGGAGCAAGCUAAAUGCCGUAAGCGUGUUAAGAGUUUAGUUAAGAGGCGGAAGAUGAGUGAAGCACAGAGGCUAGUUCAACAGGAGUUGGAAUUGGAGGAAUGGGGCACAGAAGCCCAAGUGAAGUUGGGAAGUCGCCUGAUUGAAUUAUUACUAGAUUCAGCAUUUGUGCAGCCACCAGCUGAUCAAACACCAGAUAGUUCUCCAGAUAUUCGACCUGCAUUUAAGCAUGUGCUACGUCAGCCUAUAAUAGAAAAUGGGAGGCUAAAGAAGAAGCAUUGGGUGAUAGAGUGUGACCAUCUUGUGCAUGAGGGGUUUGAAAGCACUGCUCGGCAUGUUGAUAUACCCUACCUCCCUAUGCUGGUACCUCCGAAGAAAUGGAAAGGUUAUGAUAAAGGUGGUCACCUUUUUCUGCCCUCAUACAUUAUGAGGACACAUGGUGUGAAGGACCAAAAGGAUGCAAUUAAUAGUGUUCCUAGAAAACAGCUGCGAAAAGUAUUUGAGGCAUUAGAUAUCCUUGGGAGUACUAAAUGGAGGGUGAAUAGAAGAGUUCAUGAUGUUGUUGAGACUAUCUGGAGUCAAGGUGGAGGCAUUGCAGGGCUGGUGGACAAGGCAAAUAUUCCUUUGCCUGAACGACCAGAAUCAGAGGAUCCUGAUGAAAUGCAGAAAUGGAAGUGGAGUUUAAAGAAGGCAAAGAAAACUAACCGUGAACUGCAUGCUGAGAGAUGUGACACUGAGCUCAAACUCUCGGUUGCUCGUAAAAUGAGAGAGGAGGAUGGAUUUUAUUACCCUCACAAUUUAGAUUUCCGUGGGCGUGCAUACCCUAUGCAUCCUCAUUUGAGUCACCUAGGUUCAGAUCUUUGUCGGGGUGUUCUAGAGUAUGCUGAAGGGCGGCCACUAGGAAAGUCAGGGUUGUGCUGGUUGAAGAUACACUUGGCUAACAAAUAUGGUGGUGGCAUUGAAAAGCUUUCUCACGAGGGCAAGCUAGCUUUUGUGGAGAACCAACUGUUUGAUAUAUUUGAUUCAGCAGCAAAUCCUGUUGAUGGGAACUGCUGGUGGACGAAUGCUGAGGAUCCCUUUCAGUGUUUAGCUGCAUGCAUGGACCUUUCUGAUGCCUUAAGAAGUCCAUCACCUUACCAUGCUGUCUCUCACCUGCCUAUUCAUCAGGAUGGUUCAUGCAAUGGUUUACAACAUUAUGCCGCUCUUGGAAGGGACUAUAUGGGCGCGGUUGCUGUCAACCUUGUUCCCGGAGAGAAACCUGCAGAUAUCUACUCAGAAAUAGCUUCUAGGGUACUGAAUGUUGUAUGUGAAGACUCGAUGAAGGAUCCUGCUACUAACCCAACUGCUUCAUUAGCAAGAGUUUUAGUUGAUCAGGUGGAUAGGAAGCUUGUCAAGCAGACAGUCAUGACAUCAGUCUAUGGUGUUACAUACAUUGGUGCUCGUCAGCAGAUUACAAAGAGACUGCAAGAGAAAGGGCUUAUCACAGAUGAUAAAUUGCUGUAUGAUGUAUCCUGUUACGCUACUCGGGUAACUUUGGAUGCACUGGGACAAAUGUUCCAAUCUGCCCGUGGUAUAAUGGCCUGGCUUGGUGACUGUGCGAAGAUGAUUGCUUCAAAAAAUCAACCAGUCAAGUGGACAAGUCCUGUUGGUCUCCCAGUUGUUCAGCCCUACAAGAAAUAUAAGAAUUAUAUGAUACGAACUUCUUUGCAAUGUCUGGCUUUACGGCGGGAGGGUGAUGCAAUUGCAAUCCAAAGGCAAAAGGCAGCUUUUCCACCAAAUUUUGUGCACUCACUGGAUAGUUCACAUAUGAUGAUGACAGCGAUUGCUUGCAAGGAGUCUGGCCUUCAUUUUGCAGGAGUUCAUGACUCAUUUUGGGUGCAUGCGUGUGAUGUUGAUCAAAUGAACCAGAUAUUGAGACAACAAUUUGUGGAGCUUUACAGCAUGCCGAUUCUUGAAAAUCUGCUGGAGGAGUUCCAAACGUCAUUCCCCACACUAGAAUUUCCACCCUGCCCACCGCAAGGUAACUUUGACGUGAGGGAAGUUCUGACUUCAACAUACUUCUUCAACUAAGCUUAACAGGGGAAGUUCUGCACAUGAAACAUGCAUAAGCAAGAAACAGGAGUCAAUCAAUUAUCUGCACUCCAGACCAAGCCAAGUGGUUCCAAGGAAUUUGAAAUGAACAAACCUAAAGUAGUUCCUGCUGAGUUUUUAGGUUGAUGCAGAAUCUGCUUGGAUGUUCAGGUCACUCAUUGGUUGCCAUGACAACUCAUGGUAUACUCCACCCUGGAGUGCAAAGGUAAAUUAUGAGAUGCCAGAGCAGAAUACUGACUGACAGUUGAUCGUGCUGACCUCAUUGAUCAUAGACGACAGCGGAACACAAAGUUCGCUGAAUAUACGUGUACGUUGUACCAUCAAUUUUUUUGCUGUCUUAGGACUUGUAGAUCGCAUAAUGCCGUGGCAUCACCCUGUAAUAAAUGUGUAAGAUAUGAUAGCCAAAUAGAUGUAUACGAGACUAGUUGCUGUUGACAGCAAGUUUUGAAAAGAGAGACAUGAAUC